AUCGCAGUGUGUCGCCCGCCUGCGCUCUCACCUUCACCAAUCCCGCAAGUUACAAUGGCAUCAAAACGGGCGACCCGAAGCGUACUCUCCUCAGCUGCGCCGUCCCUGCGCUGUGUUCACGCCUCUAGACCUACCACACUGCUGCGACCCUCGGCAUGCGCAUUCUCGACCACGACUCCAUCACGUGCGCCCGAAUACGACACCGAAGCAGCAGACAGACCACGAUGGCAACAGACGCCGCCGCGCAUGCAGGCGCCCUUCAGGGUACGGCCGGCAGCGAAAGGAGGUGUACUCAAGGUCAACGAGGACCCCAAGAUAUUAGACGAUGCAUACGUACGAAUGCUGGGACCUGGCGGUGAGAAAGUGCUAGACGACGAGGUCAAAUGGCUGGCGGUGACACACAAGAGCUUCGACCACGGAAGGCGAGGUUUCAAUGACAGACUUGCAUACUUGGGUCGAAGGAUAGUCGAGCUCCAGACAUCACAAGCUCUCGUCAAGUCUCCACAAGCCAAGUCGUGGCCUCGCGACGCAUCAGGCGAGCCGAAGGUCGACAACUACGGUCGAAGGCCCUUCCUCCACCCCGCGCUGAACGGCCUCGAGGGCCUGUCCAACGAGGCAGAACAGAGAGUCUUGGACAAGACACGGCUAGCCCAGCUCGCAGAGCGCUACGGUCUGGAUAAGGUCACGAGGUGGACACCAAAGCGCGCAGACAACCUGCAGGGCUCGGGUCUGGAGUCUGUCCUGAUGACUUCGUUAUAUGCCAUUGUCGGUGCGGUUGCUAUGGAGCGUGGUGGCGAAGAGGCCAACAAGCUUGUGCAGAACAAGAUCCUGACACCGCUGGGCUUCACCUUCGAUGUUGAAGCGUAAUGCGGGGUCUUGAAGGUAUACAUUGUAUAAUAACUGUAUCAGGCAUCAUGGGCGAGGGUUUUGCGCCCUGAUAGCGACUGCAUUUGGGACUUCGAGCUGCAUUUACCAACCGGCCAAGGGCAAUGAAAGCACUUUGACGAUGACAUA